AAGCGCCGUAAUAACUAACGAUAAUUAGAAUACGCAAACAUAUUUUGAAGCUUGAUGGUUUGUUGAAACAGUUUGAACUUGUAUCCUAAUGUUUAAACCAAGAGAAGAACACAGCUGAAGUAAUUGCAUUGCUGGGACCUGGAGGGGUAAUGAGUAAUCAGCGACGCACCAAAGAAUAAAACGCGUUCAAAACCUAGAAUGCGACUGCUGUCUUUGGACAGCUCAUCCAGUGCGUCCUCAUAGGAUACUACUUUUUUCGGAGGUGUCGUGACAUAGGUUAUAUUGUUUGUCAUAUUUCAUGGCUUUGGAUUGUUUGCAGCAGCAUGUGGAGAGACGGGACGGUGCGUGAUUAGUUCGAAACAGACAACGCACUUUUCUUGCCUUAUUUCCUAUUCCGACGUAUUGCGCACAGCAUAAGCAGCAAGUACAACGAGGUCCGGUGCCGAAAAAGACUCGCAUUGAAUCCUUCCGACUACUUCUUUCGCUGCUGUCAUCGUAGUAUGUCUGCACUUCGAAAGAAAUUUGGGGACGAUUAUCAGGUAGUGACCACCUCAUCAAGUGGGUCUGGAUUCAACCAGCCAGCACCAGAGAAGAAGAAGAAAAGACAACGUUUUGUGGACAAGAACGGGCGAUGUAACGUCCAGCAUGGUAACCUGGGUGGAGAAACCAGUAGAUAUCUCUCAGACUUAUUCACCACGCUCGUAGAUUUGAAAUGGCGAUGGAAUUUAUUUAUUUUCAUCCUAACCUACACAGUGGCAUGGCUCUUCAUGGCUUUCAUGUGGUGGGUCAUUGCAUACAUCAGAGGAGACCUGAACCGCGUUGGACAUGAUGAUAAAUAUACACCAUGCGUGGCCAAUGUCUACAACUUUCCCUCGGCGUUUUUAUUCUUCAUUGAAACCGAAGCUACAAUAGGAUAUGGUUAUAGGUAUAUCACGGACAAAUGUCCUGAGGGAAUCAUUCUAUUUCUUUUCCAGUCAAUCCUGGGAUCCAUCGUGGACGCCUUUUUGAUUGGUUGUAUGUUCAUUAAAAUGUCCCAGCCCAAAAAACGGGCAGAGACUUUGAUGUUUAGUGAGCAUGCAGCCAUUUCUAUGCGAGAUGGAAAACUAACACUCAUGUUCAGGGUCGGCAACCUGCGUAAUAGCCACAUGGUCUCGGCACAGAUCCGCUGCAAAUUGCUGAAAUCUCGUCAGACGCCCGAAGGCGAGUUUCUUCCGCUGGAUCAGUUGGAAUUGGACGUGGGCUUCAGCACUGGGGCAGAUCAGCUCUUUCUCGUCUCCCCACUCACGAUCUGCCAUGUGAUUGACACCAAAAGCCCAUUCUACGAACUCUCCCAAAGGUCCAUGCAAACGGAACAGUUUGAGAUUGUGGUGAUAUUGGAAGGAAUAGUGGAAACUACUGGGAUGACUUGCCAAGCAAGGACGUCGUACACUGAGGACGAGGUUCUGUGGGGGCACCGCUUCUUCCCGGUGAUCUCCCUGGAAGAGGGCUUCUUCAAGGUGGACUACUCCCAGUUCCAUGCCACCUUUGAGGUUCCCACGCCUCCAUACAGCGUGAAGGAGCAGGACGAGGCCCUGCUGCUCUGCUCCCCGCUCAUGGCCCCCUCCCUCUGCAACAGCGGGGGGAAGACCAGCUCCCUGGACGGCCUAGAGACCCUGGAGGACUCAGAGAGCACCGCCAAGCUGCCCACCAAGCUGCAGAAGAUGGGCCGUGAGGACAUGCCCCGCAAGCUGCUGCGGAUGAGCUCCACCACCUCAGAGAUGACCUACAGCCUGGGAGACCUGCCCAUGAAGCUGCAGAGGAUCAGCUCCGUGCCCGGGGUCUCUGACGACAGGCAGACAGGCAAGGCCUGCAAGAUCAACACGGAGCCCAUCAGCACAUCGGUGGCGGACUUGCCCCCCAAGCUGCAGAGGAUGGCGGGAGGCGGCAGGAUGGACGGACACCUGCCCCCUAAACUGAGGAAGAUGAAUUCUGAGCGCUUCACGUAAAAAAAAGAAACAGAUAUGAAACAGAUAUGAGUUUUUAACUCCACCAACUAUUUAUCCUACAACCCCAGAGGACCCUCACUCCCCUCCUUGUAACGUUUCUAUUUAUUAAAGGACAGCAAUUCUUAUAUUAAAGAAAAUGUAGUUAUAUAAUACAUACAGCACACAGCAUAGCUAUAUGUGAUCUAGAGUAAUGGGAUACAGCACAUGUGUUUCUGGAUGUAAGAAAACAUGACAAGAGGCACUGGAUUAUUUCAGGAUUAUGUGAGAUGAUUAGCACAAUCUGGCAUGUUGGAAACACAAAGUGCAUGUAGAGCCGAAUCUCUCUCAUUUCCGGCAUGACAUUUAUUGAUAAAUAAUUUUACAGCGACGAUUUGAAUAGUGAAUAUUACUGACAAUGAUGCCGAACAGACACACAAAGCCAUAGGGUUUCUGGAGUUGGACACACAUUUCGUGGUUCUAAGUUGUGGUGGGGAAGGGUGCAUACACUACAUUUCGAUUUGAGUUGUUUGCUUUUGUUGUUUAAUGUAAUAUUAUGUGCCAAUGUUAUGUUGAUUGCAUGCUACUCUAUUUGACUUAGCUAGACAAAGGUAAUAGACACAGAUGUUUAGCCUUAACUAUAUUACCUUGUUUCCAUUCACACUAGAGAUCACGGCUGUAUUUUGGGGUAUUUCAUGUAUAGGAUAUUUUACCAUGUACAAUUUUAUCAAUUUAUUAGUUAAGCAAACAUUUUACAGGAGAUGCAAUCUAUAAUUGAAUGUGCAUGGUCCACAUCACAUGACAUAUUGGAACUGGGCACACUAUUUAAACUCUUAAUUUUAACCAGGUGAACACUUCAGUUGAAUGGUCAAUGCGAAGGCCUUCUAAGCACAAAAUUACCACAAAGUACACGCCGCACAUUAUCAACAGUAAGCAUUAUGAGUGUGUUGUCAUGAAUGUAUUUAUCAACGUCAUACAAUUAAGCUUUACAUCUGAAGAGCCACUGAAACUACAUGCUCAGGUGUCACCUCAGCUGAUGCAGACAUGCUCAGGUGUGUUACCUCAGCUGAUGCAGUGUAGGAUUGAAGUUAGAAGAGACUUGUUUACUCAACAUUUCAUUUAAACAUGUGCACCAACAUUUCACCUUAAGUAUUACCAUACAUAUACAGUACAUAUAGAUUUAGAGGUGGACCUAGAACACAUAGGGAAGACUUUCCACCUUUGUCUUAAGAGAUCAUAUGUUCCUCUAACAAAAGCAAUAAUGUUAUAAUGACUAUAAUCUUUAUAUAGCCACAGGGCCAACACUAGUAGCCCCACCCUCAUCAUACUGACUCCAUGCCAUCCAAUCUGGUUUUAUCGACAACAUUGUAUGAUACUCAAUCUCUUCAGGAAUAAAAGUCUAAGAGAAAUGUUCAAAGCUCUUGCUAAUUUGAUUUAAUGUGAUCUAAGCAUAACACAGAGCUCACCAGGGCUCCCAUCAUGAAUUGGAGAACACAAUACUGAUCAUGCGUUUUGCGUUUUGCUGAGAUGUGUACGAUUGAUUAACAUUUGCUUUGACUUCUGAAGCUAAACCCUUCAGUCAGGGAGUACUGCAGUCAGGGAGUACUGCAGUCAGAGAGUACUGCAGUCAGAGAGUACUGCAGCCAGGGAGUACUGCAGUCAGGGAGUACUGCAGUCAGAGUACUGCAUUAAGCUUGUGUUUUUUGUCAAGGUUGCUCUUCUGUUUCUAGCGAUAACCUUUUGUUCCCAAAUCUCUUGUAAUCUGAGAAGAGUUUGGAGGGAGGACGCGUUACUAAGCAUUUGUAAAUAUCUCCUAAAUCACUACCCAUCUUUCCACAGCCAGUUCUCUUGAUAGCCAAGGAGAUCUUUUACCCUACACCAUUUUCCCUUUCUCAUCUUGUCCUAACAAAGAAUGCCCUGAGGAGAUCCCAUAUCCAUGAGGGAUGUUAAUAAAGCAUCUGCACGGAUACAGCAUUACAUUAAUUGAGUUGGGUGCUCUGCGAGGAUUCAGGAGGGCUUUGUUAGACGGGUCGGUUAGGAGGGCCAGUGCCCCUCAGGUGUGCUCGAUGCAUUGGAAGUGGCAAUAGAGCUGCGUUCACAAUAAUGGAAUGCUACAGAACAAAGUUUAGCAACCGUUAUACACACAUUUCUUGUUUCCAAUCAUUAAUAUUGCCUGACAAGUGUUUGUUAACUGACAUGAGUGCUUGUUGUAAGAGGUAAAACCUCAAGGUGGUGCAAAAUAUGUCAAGUAUCUUUUUUAUACAAUCUUUGGAUACUGUGGCAGGCUGAUGAAAGGAAACCGGAAGGCAUAUUAGCUUAUUAGUACAAAUAAUUAAAUGACAUCCUUGGUAGUAAUGCACUCAAAUCACCACACUCUCUUAGCAAUAAUUUAACACCAUGACAACUGAAUUGUUCUUAAAAUAAAACUCCAUACAUUUGCUAAGUGAAUAGCAGAAGUGUUCCUCCAGUCUGAGAUUAGCCUAAUGCCACUUUGUUUUCAUAUCACAACAACAGCACUGCUGCAUAGCUGAUAACUCAGUGCUAGAAACAGUGUUGACUUAUGAUGACUGGCUGUUUGCACACCUAGCACACUCUCUCUUGUCAAGGGGUGAUCUAGAGGACACUUUGUGCAUGCUAAACAUAAUGUCUGUACCUGCCUUGAUUAAAUAGAGGGAGAAGUAAAUCUGAAAAUACUUUUCUGAGAAACAAUAAGAAUAGAAAACGCUCUGGUAUUGGUGUGGGCCGAUGUUCCUGGUUCACAGACUCAGGUGGUUUGACACCAUUUUUUUGGGAUAAAAUGACACCUUGAGUAUUAUGACACAAUGAACUAAGUACUUAGGUUACCUUACAUAGCUGUUCAGGGGUGGAGAGGAGGUGGCCACUGUUUCAAUGUUUUCAGAGACACAUCAGGGUUGUCAUGGUGGUUAAAAGGAGCCUACAUCUUCAGUGGAGACAUGCUCUGACGAACAACACAAAUGUUAACUUCUGUCCCUGUUCUGACGAGACAGCAAAGCAGAAAUCAAGCUUGCGUCCUCAAUAAAUUAUUGUGCUAUUUCAGUCAGGCUCCCGGAACAGCAUGCUGAGGUUGGAAUGUGCUGUAAGCCCUCGAUGCGACAACACCGCUUCAUGGUCUUCCAGACAAGCUCUCAUGCAUUAAAUACAUUAAGUUCUGAAUGUAGGGAGUACAUCUAUACAUCUUUACAACUGUGCAACUGUACAACUGUACAACUGUACAACAAUACAUAUUUACACAUUUACAAAUGUACAUCUUUACAUGGCCAUAAAUUGCCAGAGAACUGUCACAUACAGUAGCUGUUGUGGAUCUCACUUCUAUCCCCAGAGAGAAGCCUAGAAUUAAUUUCCGUCAUCGGCAGAGUGAAUCUGUUGUUGUUGGUGAAGAUUCCUCCAUUCAUUCCCUGAAGCUACUCUGCAUUUAGAAUUGAUGACUCACUCUCUCUGUGAGCUUGAGCUGAAGAGUCCCAGGUCAUCAGAACUGCACUGGAACAGCUGUUGAUGAUGAUUUUGAGGCUCACCAAUUGAUGGUGAAUCAAUAAAA